AUGAUACCCCAGCUCAUUAAAGAUACCGCGCAGUACAUCUGGAACGACAAUGACACUCUGCGCUUCUGGUGUAAACUCAUAACCUGCCCUUUCCUUGGCCCUUGCUAUUUCCUAGGAUCGCUGAAAUAUCAUACCUGCAUCAAGCAGUCCCACAGUCCGUCCAAAAGACAGUUAGUGCGGUACGAAGUCCUAGCUGAUGUAAAGCACCGAAGGCGUGUGCGUCGUUCGGCAAAGAGGAAGCGUAGUGUAUCGGUCGAUGGAGACAGGUGGUGGAACAAGAAGGCAAAAGAUCAGUCGCAAAGCUCAUUUUUCGCUAGGCUCCCUGCGGAGCUACGACUGAAGAUCUACGAGAUGGUGUUGUGUGACCAAGAGGAGUUUGCUAUGAAGUUCAACGAACAUGAACCUUGGGAUUACUGGGAUGUAAGAGCGGAGCCAGGCUGUGAUACUAGUAUGUUGAGGACUUGCAAAAAUAUCUACCGCGAGGCUGUCCCGGUGCUUUACUCGAAAAACACCUUCAGAUUCGACUCUUACACGAUGCUAUCUAGCUUCGUGUCGACCAUACCUCCACAGCGCCUCGCGUCUAUUCGACGAGUGGUCCUCAGCGUCACGAUCUUUUGGUACAGUGACUGGGGUUUCACCAUGCAUUACGAGAAAUUACUCGAACUAUUUGGUAACCUUCGAGGCCUUAGAGAUGUAUGCCUGAGGUACCGUCUGCGGAAGAACAAUUACGUGAAGUAUCCCCGCUUAGACGACUUCGGGCUACUGGAAAAGCUUGAGAAGGAGGAGAGACCAAGAGAAUAUGGGAUGUUCUAUGAGAUGCGCGAGGUUCAAACUGGGCCAGAAAUUGGCGGUAUGCUGUUUGACCGGUGGGCUGUCGGCGAGAGGAGGAGUAUUGAUAUGACGAGAUAA